UAUAAAAUAUCCUAAAAGAAGAUGUAUAAUACAUGAAAAUAUACCACUUCAUCGAGAUAAACCGGACCAUUAGUAAUCAAGAAUUGCCACUCCCCUAAGGUCUAAUGAAAUUGAACAUGAACAUCUUAGAAUAGCCUUGCUUCGUGCACGUACUGACAACUGCUGCUGAACUGAUGAAAGCAACUAAAUUGUGAGGCGCCCAUGGCGGUGGUGGCGGCGGACCUGGCGCUCGGUCUCCCCCGGCGGCAGGGUCGGCCGAUGGUGGGUGGCUACUCUGGUGAGGAGUGGAGCACCUUGAGAAAGCGGGGGAGGGAGAUCGUCCAUCGAGCUCGAGAUCCGGAGGUCUGUCUGCGACGUAUGCGGGGAAAGGUUGGUGAGUUCUUCAAUUCAGCAACGCGAAACUCGGGCGGAUUUGAAGGGGGCCAUGGAUGGGAAGGUCGCCGCGGUGACGGCGGCGGAGAUGCCGGCGUCCGAUUCCACCAUGAAAGCUGUCGAUCUGGGAAAGAUGGCGUCCAACAAGGAUUUGCUCGUCACCAUCGAGGAAGCUGGCCGGGAGGAUCCUGCUCGGUCCUUAGCUGAUGAGCUCGACACUGCGGCGGCAACAAUGGCUACCCCUCUGCCUCAAACGGGGAUCGCUUCUGUUGGUGGUCCGACUGGUCUGAUGCUGACCAUCUCCCCCAGGCCCUCCAUCGGCUUCGCGGCUGCCUCGACAGCUCCUCCUGCUCCUCGUCGACAAGGCAAGCAUGUGGCCAUGUUGGCGGACGAGGAGUACGAGACGAUUAUCAUCGACAUGAAGGCGGCCAAGCAGGCGGUGAAGGGCAAGCUCAUCGUGGCACGGGUGCUUUCAUCGUACCGGGUGGACCACAACGCCGUCGUCAACGGCCUGCGUGGGGCGUGGCGGCUCCAAGGAAGUGCCGUCCCUCAGCAGGUCACAAGCACCGACGACCGUUUCAUCAUCAAGUUCUCCAAGGAGGGGGACCGGCAGCGCGUUCUUCGUGCCGGGCCUUGGCAUUAUCGGAACGACGCGCUGCUCAUCAAGGACUUCGACGGUGUGGGUGACCCUGUGGACGUGCGCCUAGAUUCUUUCAAUAUCUGGGUGCAAAUCCAUGGGCUCCAUGUCAUCCUUAAGACUGAAGACAUGGGGUGGAAGCUUGGGAAAAAGCUCGGCACCGUUCUCGCCGUGUCGAACCGCAACAAUCUGAUCGUUGAAGAGCAUCUCCGGGUUCGUGUUCAGCAUCUCGUGGAGAAGCCAUUGAGGAAGAACGUUGACAUCACCCCAAAAGGUAGCAACAAACCAAUUCUCUUUGAGGUCAAAUAUGAGAAGCUGCCAAACUUCUGUUUUUGCUGUGGAUUGGUGGGACACACAACGGAGAAGUUCUGUAGAAUGCCAAAGGAGUUGCGGAAGGCGGCCUACUCCGCCGACAUAAGGGUGCCGCCGUAUUGGGCCUCUCUCUGGAGACACAUUGAUUUCGGGGAGAUGCCGGUGCCGGAUGGUGUGAUCGCGGAGGUGGCCUCAACUGUUAAAAAACUAUUUGUUUCUACUGUUGCUACGACUACGGCGUCGGCUUUGGCAGACGAGGUAGUGCCGUUUGCCUCCGACGCUGCCAACGCGCUGGAGUAGCGUGUGAUCACGGGUGGGGGCACCAACAACUCCAACAAUGAUGCUUCUGCUCGGUUAGCUACAAGAGGCCUGGAGGCGCACAAGGACAAGGCUGGAGCUCUCCUCAUCACCAACCUAGGAGCUCCGGCUGGUCCAGUACAAGAGCUCAUGGAAAAGGUGCCUGGGAAGCACCUCCACACCGACUUGGGUGCUCCUAGGACACCUGUUGGACACUUGGGGACCCGGGAUGCUGUUGUUGUGCAUCUGCAGAACCAGCCCCUGGUGCAACUUGCUGUAGAUGGCCAAGUGCAGGAGCAAGAUCAAGCUCCCCUGAUGUGUGUUGCUUCGGGGAGUGUUCAGCAGCAGAACCUGGAUGGGAAGGCCAGCGACCUGGUGACUGCUUCUGCGCAAGAUGUCAGCGAGGGUGCUGCUGAUGCAGGAGUCCAGCGCUGGAAUAGGCUUCAUCGGCAAGAACGUGACGAGAAGGACAUGGUAUAGGCUGCAUGUGUUAAACAUGCGGUUUUUGGUAUCCCCACUCCGCAUAACAGCGGGAGCGAACUCUCCAAUCGCAGAAUGGCUUUUUCUGCCAUGCUAGAGAGCACCGCGGGUAGCAAGAAGCAUUCUCAUGAUGACCAAGAUGAUCUGGUGUUUAGUAUGAAUAGCACUAGUUCUGAAAGUUUAGAGUUUAGGGGUGCUAUGGACAUGAGUGUGUCUUGUAAACGAGUGUGUGGUGAGAGAGUUGGUACUGUUGUAGGCAUAGAUGGGUCUACUAUUCAUGUAAGUGAAGAAGUAGAUGGGGAAGUGGAGGAGGUUCAGGACAAAAGGAUAGUGUCUGUAGGGGAUGGAAAAGAUAUAGGAGGUACUACCAAGGAAGCUACCGGCCCUGGGGCUGCCGUUUAACUGACGGGCGCGCUUGAUGAUGCCCGUCAGGAAACAUGAAAAUAAUUAGUUGGAACUGCCGAGGAUUGGGUCAACCUCGGACAGUCCAAGAACUUGUGUGCCUCUCGAGGACACACCGACCAAACAUUAUCUUUCUUUCUGAAACAAGAAAAAACAUAAAGAGUAUGUUGAGAGUUUGCGCUA